AUGGCGGAGCCUCUACCCAACGACCAUGACUUCCCCGCCCCGGAGGCAACAAGACGAGCAACGGCCACAAGUAACCCACUAGAGUCGUGCCAUGAUCUACUGAACCAGACCAGGUUCACCCCUGGUAUGGUCAAGGGCUCCGCUUUGAUGGAUCUGUCCGACGGCGAGACGCAGGCUUUCCGCCACCUCGCCCACAGUAUCACUUCGCGCACGCUGGCUCACCAAAAUGCAUACCAGCUCAUGAACUGCCCCGAGUUGGCCCGCGGUGACUGGAAGCUGCUCAAGCGCCAGAACGACCUCAGCGCCUACAGGCGGAGGUUGCCCACGCACCACGAACAAGCGCGGGGGCUCACGGAGGUGAACCGACGGAUGGUUCUCUGCGUUGGGACCAUGGCCGGAAGCCUCGAAGACGUUCUGUAUGGGGUUCACGCCAAGACCCGCGAAGAGAUGCAACUGACAGCCCCCCACCUGAGCAAUGGCCACCUGGACUGCACGAUGCUGGCCAAGCUUGAGGGGGGCUCACGACUCGAUCCGUUCCGACAGCUUUCGCUCAAGUGGCACCUAUCUCAGUCGAUUGGCGACACCAAGUUCAGCCACCUCCGCGACCUGUGCGUGCUCGAGUCCAUGGGGAUCAGCACUGACGCGCAGGGCGAGCGCUACGCCUACCACCUCGUCAAAAGUGUCGACUUCGAGGGCUGCCCCGCGCCUCCGAAGGGCAGCGGCGUCAUCCGAGCCAACGUCAUGUUCUGCGGCAUUUACCGCCAGGUGCCGGGGUCGUCCGUCGUGACUGUAUACGCCAAGGGGAUGUUCGACUUGGGAGGUAACACGCCCUCGUUCCUGAUGAACAACACGUCCUGCUCGCUUAUGCUGUCGAUCCCCCGAGCGGUGGCGAGCUCCGAGGCCAAGCGUCUGACGCUCCUCGCGGUGCGGAAGGCAGCCAGCUCGGUGUCGGCGUCGUGCGGAGAUCUGUCCACUGAAGACAACCUGGACGAGUCGUAUCUGUCCGUGGACUCUGUCUCCUCCGGGUACUCGAACUCGGCCCACAGCGCCUCGGGCGAGGUCGCAUCCGUGGCGCCGCCAACUCUGCGUCGGUUCCCAUCCAAGGGCAUUUCCAAGUCGCGGUCGAAGCGGCAGCAGGCGGGAGGCGCCUGUUGCGUCUGCGCCAAGCAACCGGCGAUGGCGUCGAUCGUCGCAGCGACGCACCGCUCGUGCGGCGUGUGCCAGCGCAGCGUCUGCACCAAGUGCCGCGUCAAGAGACAGCUCUACGCCCGCGCCCGGCCCGUGGCCGUCACGUGCUGCAAGUCCUGUCUCGUCGAGGCCAAGCAACUCGCCCUCGAUCCGCCGGAACCGUGCCCGAUGCUGCUGUUGUGA